ACAGUACGCUGUCUGAGUUUAAACUAUAGUUCAGUUUCUAUGGAGGUCAAAUAGUCUAUGUAAAGACGGCAACAAUUACACAAAGAUUAGGUGCAAGAGGUGAAACAUCAGUUGACACAAAAACAUAUUUUAAUUCACAGUCAGCCCACAUCUAAAUAGGAACAAAAAUCAUUACUCUUAUUAUUAAUAUCCUAUUUUUCUCAUCAGUUCAGCUGACAGUAAUCUUUGACCCCCUGCUAGAGGGUUUUGUGUGGAGCUUACAGAGGUGCUGCAGCUUUAUCCAGGCUCAGUUGUGGGUGAUUAAUAUUAAUAUUGUGUGAGUUAAUUUGCAUAACACCUGUUGUCUGUGGCUUUGAGUCAACAGUCCCUCUUAAGCACCAUGGUUGAAUUUCAUUAUGCUUUUGCUCUAACCACGGGCACUACAGGAUUUAACCUGUGACAUAUAAUGAGUGGCAGCUUGCUAAUAUUGAGAGACAUUGUUCGGUGCACAGUAAGAGCUGGUUACAGGUGCUUUGAUGAGUUACAGUAACUACAACAUUUAAAGGGAGAAUUAUGCUGUGAUGAUAUGAGGUUCAUGGUGACAUUUUGUGUUUUUAUUUUAUACAGCCCACAUUUAGAGGAACUUAAAAGUUUUUAAGCCAUGUGAUGAUUGUGUUUUGACUUAAAACUAUUAGAGAAUUGUGGCUCCUACAUUCUCUCAAGGAAAGGUUGUUUUAUUUUCUGGCAUAUCUUCAGUGUUGACUGUGUUGUUUGGUUAUAUUUAGUGUGUGCUUGGUGAGAGAACAGCUUUCAGAACUCAGUUGGCAAGCGUGCACUACAUAAAUUGGACGUGGUCUCGUGUCCUUUUCAGCAAAGAUCAUUCCCAGCAUGUUCCUCUUUAGCAGGCUCUAAGAAUCUUAAACUACAUGAAAGUGAAUAGGACCAAACCAGAUCUUCAUUCAAAAAAUAUAAGUCUCGUUUCAACUCACAACUGCCUUGCGUGCAGUAUAUGUGCAAGUCUUAUUUCAUUCAAUCUUUUAGAGAAUCGUAUAUUGUGCCCCUGAUAUGGCGCGGUUCUGUUGGGCUCUUAUUGUAAAAUAUACAUUUGUUUCUGCACUUUCUGCUUUGUAGUUAUUCCUGAUAUGAGGAGUAGGCUACUUUAGUCCCCAUCGGUUGGUGACAUAUUGGCAGCCAGUGCGUCCAUGCGUAGCUCAGGCAGGGAGGAUGCUGGUGCUGAGAGAGACAACCAGUUGCUUCCCAGCAGUCACAGGGAAAGUGGAGCCUCCCCAACGCACCGAAGGAUGAACAUCCUCGACCUGUUGCCUCUGCGAGAAGAAAACUAGAGCUGUAUUGUGAGGGUGUCAAGGAAAAGAAGUUGAUUUUUUUUUCUGUUUUGGAGGGAGGUCGUAGACGAUGCAAUGAGGUGUAUCAAUGUUUUCGUUUUUUAUCUACGUUCUAAAUAGCCGAAGGAAGAGCAGCGGAGCUAGUUUUGGGAGGUCUACCUUCUCUGCGUGGAGGUACAUUUAUCGGUGAAAUCUUUCUCUGUCUCGGGGUUCGGAGGAGGAGAAGCAUGGUCGAAUUGGAGAAGGAGGUGCUCCCGCUGCCCCCACGGUACCGGUUCCGAGACCUGUUGCUCGGGGACUGGCAGACCGACGACAGGGUGCAGGUAGAGUUCUAUGUGAAUGAGAAUACUUUCAAGGAGCGCCUCAAGCUGUUCUUCAUCAAAAACCAAAGAUCCAGUCUGCGAGUGCGAAUGUUUAACUUUGCUCUGAAAGUACUGAGCUGCCUCCUCUACAUUGUCAGAGUCUUGUUGGACAACCCGCAAGAGGAGAGACUCAGCUGUGUGAGUGGAGUGAAUUGCACCCGACAAAACACAUCAUCCCGCCCCUUGAGUGAGUUUGACUGGAAACUGAUCAUCUGGGUGGAUAGACCUCUACCGCUGUGGGCGCUGCAGGUGCUUGUGGCUUUCAUCAGCUUUUCAGAAACGAUGUUGCUAGUGUAUCUCAGCUACAAGGGCAACGUUUGGGAGCAAGUCUUACGUGUCCCUUUCAUUCUGGAGAUGAUCAGCGCCAUUCCCUUCAUGAUCACUGUGAUUCUGCCCUCCUUCAGAAAUCUCUUCAUCCCUGUGUUUCUCAAUUGCUGGCUGGCCAAACAUGCUUUGGAGAACAUGAUAAAUGAUCUGCACCGGGCAAUCCAGCGGACGCACUCAGCCAUGUUUAACCAGGUGGUGAUACUCAUCAGCACGCUGGUCUGUCUCAUGUUUACGUGCAUCUGUGGUAUCCAACACCUGGAACGAGCGGGUAACAACCUAACCCUGUUUGACUCACUCUACUUCUGCGUGGUUACUUUCUCCACUGUGGGCUUUGGAGACGUCACCCCUCAAAUCUGGCCUUCGCAGCUGUUGGUGGUCAUCAUGAUCUUUGUGGCGCUCAUUGUUCUUCCAAUCCAGUUCGAGCAGCUGGCCUUUCUGUGGAUGGAGCGGCAGAAGUCCGGGGGGAACUACAGCCGCUACAGGGCGCAGACGGAGAAACACGUGGUGCUGUGUGUCAGCUGUCUUAAGAUCGACCUCCUCAUGGACUUCCUCAAUGAGUUCUUCGCACACCCCAGACUGCAGGACUACUAUGUGGUGAUCCUGUGCCCGGCAGAGAUGGAUGUUCAGGUUAGGAGGGUGCUUCAUGUGCCGCUGUGGGCCCAGAGGGUCAUCUACCUCCAGGGUUCAGCCCUCAAAGACCAAGACCUGAUGAGGGCCAAGAUGGACGAUGCUGAGGCCUGCUUUAUCCUCAGUAACCGGUUUGAAGUGGACCGCAUUGCUGCUGAUCAUCAGACCAUCCUGCGCGCCUGGGCGGUGAAAGACUUCGCUCCAAAUUGCCCGCUGUAUGUCCAAAUCCUCAAGCCAGAGAACAAGUUUCACGUCAAAUUUGCAGAUCAUGUGGUUUGUGAAGAGGAGUUUAAGUACGCCAUGCUGGCUCUAAACUGUGUGUGUCCUGGUACCUCGACACUCAUCACUCUAUUGAUCCACUCCUCCAGGGGACAAACUGCACCUCAGGAGGCCUUCAAGCAACGUGUAGGAGCCUUUCAAGCCCUCAGCAGGGAGGGUGGCGCAUGUUCAGCCGACCAAUGGCACCGAACCUACCGGCGCUGCUCAGGCAAUGAGGUGCAUCACAUCCGCCUGGAGGAAAGUAAAUUCUUUGGGGAAUACCAGGGCAAGAGUUUCACCUUUGCCUCCUUUCAUGCACACAAAAAGUAUGGAGUAUGUUUGAUCGGAGUACGCCGAUUGGACACCACCAACAUCCUACUGAACCCUGGUCCCUGCCACAUAAUGGGGGCCUCUGACACAUGCUUUUACAUCAACAUCUCCAAAGAGGAGAACUCAGCAUUUGUCAGGGGCCAGAGGGAGCAAUCUUGGGGCGGCACAGGAGGAAAUACCAGGGGUGUACAACAAACCAUUUACCACGGACUGACCCGCCUGCCAGUCCACAGUAUCAUCGCCAGCAUGGGCACAGUGGCCAUUGACCUGCAGGACUCCAGUGACAGCAGCCCAGAGGGCCAGGAUCCAGGGAGCACGGGGCUGAACAGCGGGAGAGGAAGCAGAAGCAGCUCCAGGACAGAGAUGAGUGGAGCUAACACUUUGGCCCUGCCUGUGAUGGGAGAGACAGCAGAGGAGAGGCGGCACAGCAUCGCCCCUGUCCUUGAGCUGGUGGACGGCGUCAACAACCCAGCUUUUGACCUGCUUGGGGACCAGUCAGAGGAUGAGGGAGGAGAGGAGGGCAAGGAGGAGAGUGACAGGGAUGAGAGCGCCCACUGGUGGGGUCGACACUGCGAGUGGGUGAAGGGAUACCCGCUCAACUCACCAUACAUAGGCAGCUCACCUACGCUUUGCCACCUUCUUCAAGAAAAGAUGCCUUUCUGCUGCCUGCGUAUGGACAAGGCAUGUCACCACACCCUUUUUGAGGAUGCCCGCUCCUAUGGCUUCAAAAACAAAUUGAUCAUCGUGUCUGCGGAGAGUGCAGGGAACGGUCUGUACAACUUUAUUGUGCCUCUGCGGGCCUACUACCGACCCAGGAAGGAGCUCAAUCCAAUUGUGCUGCUGCUGGAGAGCAUACCAGAAGUGGACUUCCUUGAGGCAAUCUGUUGGUUCCCCAUGGUGUUCUAUACAGUGGGCUCAAUCGACAAUCUGGACAGUCUGUUGAGAUGUGGAGUGACUUUCGCCGACACCAUGGUUGUUGUUGACAAGGAGAGCUCCAUGAUUGCAGAGGAGGAUUACAUGGCUGAUGCAAAGACCAUUGUCAAUGUCCAAACCCUCUUCAGACUGUUUCCAGCUCUAAGUAUCAUCACGGAGCUCACUCACCCAGCCAACAUGCGCUUUAUGCAGUUCAAAGUCAAAGACCACUACUCUCUAGCUCUGUCCAAACUGGAAAAGAAGGAAAGGGAGAAGGGGUCCAACUUGGUAUUCAUGUUCCGCCUGCCCUUCGCUGCUGGGAAAGUGUUUAGUGUCAGCAUGCUGGAUACUCUCCUCUACCAGUCAUUUGUGAAGGACUACAUGAUCUCCAUCGCAAGACUUCUUCUGGGUUUAGACUCCAUGCCCGGCUCCGGUUUUCUCUGUGCUAUGAAAAUCACAGAGGAUGACCUGUGGAUCCGGACCUACGGCAGGCUCUAUCAGAAACUCUGCUCCUCCAGUGGAGACAUUCCCAUUGGCAUCUACAGAACAGAGGCACAUAAGCUUCCAGUCUCUGAGUCCCAGGUUUCCAUCACAGUGGAAGACUACGAGGACACCAGGGAACCCAGGGAACCCCUGUUGUCCCGGUCUGGUGCACAUCGUAACUCCACCUCCUCUGAGCCCAUCUCGACCUCGUCGCACUCCUCAGACCACCCUCUGCUCAGGAGGAAGAGCAUGCAGUGGGCACGCAGGCUGAGCAGGAAGGGGGGUCGGGGCUCCAGUGCGGCAAAGGGGGGUCCGGGCAGUGCGGCGGAGAGGAUCAGCCAGCAAAGACUGACCCUGUUCAGACGAUCGGAGAGGCAAGAACUCAACGCUCUGGUGCGAACCAGGAUGAAACACUUGGGCCUCUCUCCAACCGGAUUCAGUAAGUCUAAAUAUGGGAUGACAGACCAAGGGAACAGACUGUCUUAUAUCCUGAUCAACCCUUCUCCAGACACCAGACUGGAGCUGCAUGAUGUUGUGUACCUGAUCAGACCAGACCCUCUCUCUUUGGUACCAAAUCAAGGUAGCAGCAGGAAGUGUGGCGCUGGACUGUCGGAGAGCCACAGGUUCGAUACGCAAGACAGCACCCAUCUGUGAGAGACUAAAAAUGACAAAUAUACUGUCACAACACUGACAGAGGACAAACAACAACAAAACACUCAUGAGAAAGAGGCAAAGAUCACGGGGAAAUGGAAAGGGAUGCAGCCAUUACGGCACAUGGGCCUCAUGUUUUCUCCACAUUCAGUCUCUGUGAAUUCAGAGGAGACGGACAUGCAUGGACCUUUUCUAUAACGCUGGGAAUGUUUUAUUUAUGCACCUUCCUAUUUACAAAGUGGAGAGCUGCGGACACAGAAGUGCAUUUAAUGAAGAACUGUAUGUAUUUAUAUCUGUGUUUGUGCAUGUUAUGUACUGCAUCAUGUAUGUGCAGUGUGUAUGUUUGUGUGCGUGUGAACGGAUGUGUAUGUGUGCUUAUGGAUCAAGAGCAAGACACUGCCAGUUGUCAUCCGGACAGCCAAAGAAAUCUGCUGCCAAAUGAAGGUUGACUGAUGUUAUUUUUGUGUCCUUCGCUGUGUUUUUGGUGGGUUUUGUCACAAUGCUGUUCAUCGUGUUUGAAAGGGACUCUAUCGUUGACAAGUCUUUUUUUUUUCUUAGUCUACAUAAAGCCUUUUUUUAGUUGGUUUCACAGUCAAACACUCACCUGUCACAUUUCUCUCACAUGUUUCACACUCACCAGCAGUGGAGGAAUCCAAAGAGCACCGGUCUCACUAUUGGACAUACUGUAGGUAGACAGCGAGGACAAACCAUCAGUACAGGGCAUUCUGUCACAUCACAGUCUGAAGUAUUUAUCGUCUUGAGUUCUGUGAUUUCUCCGAGAACAAACCUGUUCCUCGGUUUCUUUGACAAAAGUCCUGCUGUCUAUGCUUUUGCCACCAGCUCACUUUUGCUAACAUGCAUGUUAGAGAUGCAGGGGAUGAACAAAAAGACAGAAAACUGCUAUCCAGUACAAAACCCCUGCAACAAAUGCUACCUUUGAGAAGCUUAUAAUGAUACAUGUUUAAAGACAGUGUCUCAGCUUGAAGUUGAUUUAACAUAAUCUGAAUUUAGGGCACGCUGUGCUAAACAUCCACUGUUUCCAGGAAUUACUAGUUAAGAAUGAUCAUCUUUAAUCAAAUUUGAGUUUCUAUCAGAAAAAAAAUCAAAUUGCUCUGACAACAAGAAAACAAUGUUACAGUGGAGUUUAAUCAUUGUGCUUGUUUUUUUUCUUCAGAUUAGCCUUUCUCAUUUCAUAGAUCGUCAGAUAUUUUAAAAAUCUGACAUUUUAUGCUGAUAUAAAAGAGUUAAUAACUUGUUUGGGUAAAAAUUGAUGCUGUUUCAUUACCAUGGGUUUGCAAUCUUUUUUUUUUGUCAGAUAUUCUGAAGGUGCCAUUUCAUACAGAAAUGGUGCAGCCAUGUUGUGGGAAUGCUAACAGGCAUCCCUGCUAACACCACUGCUGUAGCUUUAGUGCAAUUAUAACAGAUGGAAAUAUGUAUAUAUUAAAGUCAAUCAUUAUAG